GGUGUUGGGGUCCGUGUCCUGGUCGGGAUGGGGGAGUUCGAGGUGCACCGGGUGCGGUUCUUCGGGCUGGUGCCCGCGGGCGUGCGCUGCCUCGCCUGCACGCCCCGCGGCGGCCGCCUCGCCCUGGCCCGCACCGACGGCACCGUCGAGAUCUACAACUUCGCCGCCAACUAUUUCCAGGAGAAGGUGAUCCCCGGGCACGAGGUGCGGUCGGUGGAGUCGCUGUGCUGGGCCGCGGGGGAGCGUCUGUUCGGGGCCGGGCUCAGCGGGGACAUCACUGAGUACGACCUGUUGGGGCUGCGCGCCGAGCGCCCCGUCGACGGCUGCGGGGGGCCCAUCUGGAGCAUGGCGGCCAACAGCAGCGGCACGCAGCUGGCGAUUGGCUGCGAGGACGGCUCGGUGAAGCUCUUCCAAGUCGUGCCGGGGGGGAUCCAGUUUGAGCGGAACCUGGACAGGCGGAAAGGCCGCAUCCUGUGCCUGUCCUGGCACCCAUCGGACACUCACAUCGCAGCCGGCUCCAUCGACGCCCUCCGUGUGCUGGAUGUCUCGUCAGGCCAAACGGUGCAGAGGAUCAUGGUGAACUACCACGUGCAGAAGGUGAAGCGGGAGUGUGUGGUGUGGGGCAUCGCCUUCCUCUCCAGAGGCACCGUCGUCACCGCCGACUCCUUCGGCAGGGUGCAGUUCUGGGACUGGCAGCGAGGGACCCUGUCCGAGUCCCACACCAUCAGCACCUCGGCUGCGCUCUCGCUGGCUGUCUCGGAGGAGGAGAACAGCAUCAUCGUGGGCACCUCCACCGGGGCCACGUACCAGCUGCAGCUGCUGCCGGUGAAGAUGGGCAGCCAGGAGACGCGCUGGGUGCGCACGAAGCCGUUCCAGCACCACACGCACGACGUGCGCGCCGUGGCACACAGCCCGACCGCGCUCAUCUCCGGCGGGCUGGAUGCGCAGCUGGUGAUCCGCCCGCUGAUGGAGAAGGUGCAGAGGAAGGGCUACGACGCGGCGCUCCGCAAGUUCACCUUCCCCCACCGGCGCCUCGUCUCCUGUGCCAGGAAAGCCCGGCUGCUCCUCUUCCAGUUCUCCCAGCACCUGGAGCUCUGGAGGCUUGGCUCCACCAAUGAGACCGGAAAGGAUGGCGAGGUCCUUCCCCUGUGCCGGAUGCCCGAGCACCUCGUGCAGCUCAAGAGCAAGGGCCCAGAGCACAUCUACUGCAGCUGUGUCUCUCCCUGUGGCAGCUGGGUCGCCUACUCCACAGCCUCCCGCUUCCACCUCUACCGGGUACAGCACGAGGGCGACAGCGUCAGCGUCAGGAAGGUGCCCAAAGUGCCCAAGGUGCUGCCCCCAGCCUAUCAGCUCCAGUUCUCCUCUGACUCCGACAGCCUCUUCGUUGCCUCCGCUCAAGGCUCUGUCCACGUCCUCCAGCUCCUGGAGCCAGGGGGCUGCAAACACCUGCACACGUUACGACCACCCUCAGGGUCCCCCGAGGCCGUUUACCUGCUGGCACCGAGUGCAGACGGGCAGUGGUUGGCUGCAGUCGGUGGGGACUGGGCAAUCCACAUCUACAACCUGAAAGGCUUCAAGCAUCACUGCGCGGUGCCCACGUACAGCUGCGCCGUGACGGCUCUCGCCAUCCACCCCCUCACCAACAACCUCGUCAUCGCCUACUCCGACCAGCAGCUGUUCGAGUUCAGCAUCCCCAAGAAGCAGUACACGGCCUGGAGCCGCAUGGUGCAGAACUGCGGGCUGCACAAGGUGUGGCUGGAGAGGGACUCACCUAUCACCCACAUCACCUUCAACCCCAAGAGCCCCUCACACAUCCUGCUGCACGACAUCUACAUGUUCUGCAUUCUCGACAAGUCCCUGCCCCUGCCAGACAACAGUGCCCUGCUGAUGAACCAGAGCACCCUGAAGCAGCUCCCAGAGACUGCCAGGCAGCGGCAGCUCCACGCCUUCAAGAUCUGCAAGAAGUUCCAGCCCCUCCUCUUUGCCGACCUGCUGGACAACAACUGCCUGGUGAUGGUGGAGCGGCCCAUCAUGGACAUCAAGACCCAGCUGCCCCUGCCCAUCCAACAGAAGAAAUUUGGCACUUGAGAGCAAAAACCACAUCGCUCCAGCCACAGCAAACCGUGUGCAACACUUUCCUAUGGAAUAAACCCCACUGU